GAAUGAAAAAAAAAAAAUGAAAAAUCAAGUAAAAAAAGUCAUGCUUUUACGAUUUAUGUAAUAGAUAAUGAGUUGAGCAUGCAUACAACUGUGACUUACUUAUUAAAUCAUUUUUUAAAAAAUCUGUUUAAGGAAACAUUUUUCGAUAGAUACGAAAGAGAAGCCAUAAAAAUGUCACUUGUAUUAAAGCAUUUUCUGCUAAAAUAAAAGAAAUUACAUGUAAGGAAGAGGAAUCCUAAGAUUUUUUCCCCUCUCUCUUCUGAAGAAGGAUUUGAAGAGUGUAUUUUACUGAAAUCCCGUAAGAAGAAGUUACAUAUGGAUGAAUUCAACACUAAGAUAAUAUGACUUUCCUGUACAAGACAUUUCUGUACCGGUCAUAAAACUAUCUGUCAAUGGUCUGUUGAAAUCGGGUUGUGUCGCUGAUAAGAAUUACUUCUGCUAGUCGUUACAACAUUUUAAAUGCUAUCUACUAGAGUGAGAUUUGGCGAAAUUUGAUCUUUUUGAUAUAUUGAAACAAUGAACCGGAGAAAAAGCGUCGCUUCCAAAACAGUAAGAGGAGAUAUAUCGGAAAUUUAAAUACAAAAAUGUUUAAGGUAUGAAAAAAUGAAUUUACAAGCAAUAUUUCGGUGAGCAAGCUGGUUGACCAAGAAACUGUAAAGAAAGUUAAAUAAGUGUCAUAAACGCUUUACUCAUCAACAAAAAUAUCUUCUGAGCUGAAUGGUACAGAAAAAGAAAAAUCUUAUGAUUGGAAAAUACAAUGUAAAUAUCGUCUGACGCAUGUAAAACUUCAUUCAUAAAUUUGUGGCAGAAGUUGUAGACAGUUUUGCCCAGCAAUUGAUAGCGGCAAAUUUGCUAUAUAAUACGAUUUUAAAAAGGCUUGAGUAAGUUUCAUGAAAGUAAAGUACUGAAUCUCUGCAAGAAAUCAUUUUCAGAUUAAAGAACUGUAUGUCAGCGAGAUGUGAAGUGAAGUGUCUUCUUUGUAGCAGUAUUUACAGCCACAUUUACUGAUGGACGAGAAACCACAUACUUGCGAUACAAGUUCUACGGCAUUUUCUGAAACUACUGGGAAGGCCAUUCACUGUGAGAUAUGCAAUAAUACGUUUUCUCAAAAGAGCAACUUAAAGAGACAUUUAUUGACACAUACGAAAGAGAAACCGCAUCGUUGCCAAAUUUGCAAUAAGGCGUUUUCUCUGAAAGGAAAUUUAAAGAAGCAUUUACUAAUACAUACGGAAGAGAAACCAUAUGUUUGUAUUAUUUGCAAUAGAGCGUUUUUACAGAAGGCUCAUUUAGAGACACAUUUACUAACACAUACGGGAGAAAAACCUUAUGUGUGUGAUUUAUGCAAUAGAGCGUAUUCUCGAAAAAAAGACUUAAAGAGACAUUUACUGAUACAUACGAAAGAACAACCGUAUCAUUGCGAGAUUUGCAAUAAAGCGUUUUCUCUGAAGGUUCAUUUAAAGCAACAUUUACUAACACAUGCAGGAGAGAAACCAUAUAUCUGUAACAUUUGCAAUAAAGCGUUUUCUCUGAAACGAUGUUUAAAGAAACAUUUACUAAUACAUACGGCAGAGAAACCAUAUGUCUGUAGUAUUUGCAAUAAAGCGUUUUAUCAGAAGGGUAAUUUAGUGAGACAUUUACUAACACAUAAGGAAGAAAAACCGCAGGCUUGUCAUUUAUGCAAUAAUGCGUUUUCUCGAAAAAAAGACUUAAACGCACAUUUACUGACACAUACGAAAGGCAAACCGUAUCGUUGCGAGAUUUGCAAUAACGCGUUUUCUCUGAGAGGAUAUUUAAUGAAACAUUUACUGACACAUACGAAAGACAAACCGUAUCGUUGCGAGAUUUGCAAUAACGCGUUUUCUCUGAGAGGAUAUUUAAUGAAACAUUUACUAACACAUACUGGAGAGAAACCGUAUGUUUGCGAUUUAUGCAAUAACGCGUUUUCUCAAAAGGUUAACUUAAAGACACAUUUACUAACACAUACUGGAGAGAAACCGCAUGUUUGUGAUUUAUGCAAUAGAGCGUUUUCUCUAAAAAAAGACUUAAACGCACAUUUACUAACACAUACGGGAGAGAAACCGCAUGUUUGUGAUUUAUGCAAUAAGGCGUUUUCUCAAAAGAGCAACUUAAACAGUCAUUUACUGAAACAUACGUAAGGGAAACCGUAUCCUUGCGAGAUUUGCAUUAACAGAUUUUCUCUGCUAGGGAGAAGAAACAUUUAUUAAUACACAGGGGAGAGAAACCAUAUGUCUGUAGUAUUUGCAAUAAAGCAUUGUAUCAAAAGAAUAGUUUGAGACACAUUUACUAUCGCAUACGGGAGAAAACCCGCAUCCUUAUAAUUUAUGAAAUGGCGUGUAUUCUCGAAAGAAAAGUUUAAACAACCUUUUUUAUACUCAUUCGAAGGAAACCUCUUGCUUGUGAUGUGUUUUCUUAUACAGGCAAUUUAAACAGACAUUUACUGGCACAUAUGAUCGAGAAAACGUAUGCCCGCGUUUAGUGUUACAUGGCAUUUUCUGAUCAGACAACUUGAAAGAGACUACUGCAUUUACUACAAAUAGACGACAUUUACUCUAAAAUAGAAGAAAUUACAAAUAGACUCCCCCCUUCGAUCUCUGCAUUGUGUAUUAGAGUUCUUCCCCCCCCCUGGCAGAUAAAAAGUAUAAUUUUUUAAAAUCUGUAAAAUAACUUGGGACUAAUUUUUUUAUACACAUUGAAGAGAAAACAUAUGCCUGAACUUAAAGAAUAAAGUAUUUUUUAAUCAGAAAUAUGAAAAAAAAAAAAAAAAAAAACUGAAAAA